ACCGGAUAUUAUUAGAGUGUCAAAGAUGGCGCUCCCCUUGUCACGGUGAAACCUUGCAAAAACAGUGUUGGUAAAAAAAAAAAAAAAAAAGACGUAGGUUUGUAACUCUGCAAGGAAAUAAAGAUCGUCUAGAUGUGAGUUCAUAGCCUGGGUUUGACUCGAUAAGCGGAACAGAAAUGGCGCUGAGGGAAAUUAGUCGUGGUGUUCGGCAGUUUCUGGGUCAAAUUCAUCGGUGCGGUUCUGGCGUUGCUUCACAGCGCACAGCUCGGUGUUUGAGUCAGGCGGCAGCUCGACCCGAACCCACUCCGAACGAGGACGAAGCCGUCAGCCCGACCUUUGUGAACAGAAACCCGCGGAACCUGGAGCAGAUGGCGCUGGCGGUGAAGGACCGGGGCUGGAAGACCACCUGGCCUCACCAGCAGUUCUACCACAGGUUGAUGUUCUCUCGCAGCCAACAUCACGUCACCGCCGAAGUGUUCUCCUACACCUCUCCGGUUCCAGUCAUCUCCUGUUCGACCAAAGAGUGGGCCGUGAAAAAAGAGCUGGCCAGCACAAACUGCGUGGUGGCGUGUCAGGCCGUGGGCGAGGUGCUGGCGCAUCGAUGCCGGCAGGCGGGCAUCACCAGGAUGGUGUACAGGGCGAUUCCCUGGAUGUACCGCUCAGAUGGAGUUCAGGCCUUCAGAGCGGCUAUGAAGCAGGGAGGAGUCAUCCUCAGUGAACCCAGGAGGAAAUACAUCGGGCCCUAAAAUCAAGCGGCAUCUUUCACAUAUAUGGGUUUUAUAAACUUCCAUUGUAUCUAUUACAACAUGUUCUUUUGUCACAUUACUGUACAGAUAUUUACUUCAUUUACUACAGUAAAUGGCAAUGUUAGGAGAGUGGGAUUAUUGUCAUUUGGUUACUGUCUAAAGAAGAAAUUCUACCUGAUCUCCUGUGGUUUGUCAAUAAAGAGACUAAACCUUG